GUAUGCAUCUAACAGAUCGACAGUACAUCAUUGCUUGCUUGCUCAUUGCAAAGAUGUUCAAGUGCGCUCUUUUACUGGUAGCCGGGGUGCUAAUUGCUUGUACCCAUGGAGAUGGUGACUUUGUACCUAGAUAUGGGAGGGAAGCUAACCCUAAGAGACAUGGCUAUGGAGGAGGCGGUGGCGGUAUUGCUUCUGCCUCAUCUCAAGCCAGCGCCGAAGCUAGCAGUAUCGGAGGUGGUUAUGGAGGCGGUAAAGGUGGAUCUGGUGCUGGCGGCGGUGGAUUAGGCGGAGGACUCGGUGGAGGAUUAGGUGGCGGCGGCGGCGGAGGUCUCGGCGGUGGCGGUGAUAACGGAGGAGGACACGGCGGUGGAAACGGAGGAGGACUUGGCGGUGGAAACGGAGGAGGACAUGGCGGAGGACUCGGCGGUGGAAACGGAGGAGGACUUGGCGGUGGAAACGGAGGUGGACAUGGUGGAGGACUCGGCGGUGGAAAUGGUGGAGGCGGUGGUGGAUUCGGCGGAUCAGGAGGUGGCGGCGGCGGUUUCGGGGGAUCUGGCGGAGGUGGUUUCGGCGGUGGAAAAGGUGGCGGCAAUGGAGGAGGACUUGGCGGUGGAAACGGAGGUGGAUUCGGCGGAUCAGGCGGAGGUGGAUUCGGCGGUGGAAAAGGUGGCGGCAACGGAGGAGGACUUGGCGGUGGAAACGGAGGUGGAUUUGGAGGAUCAAGCGGUGGUGGAUUCGGCGGUGGUAAAGGUGGCGGCAACGGAGGAGGACUUGGCGGUGGAAACGGAGGUGGAUUCGGAGGAUCAAGCGGAGGUGGAUUCGGAGGAUCAAGCGGGGGUGGAUUCGGAGGAUCAAGCGGAGGUGGAUUCGGGGGUGGAAAAGGUGGCGGAAACGGAGGAGGACUUGGCGGUGGAAACGGAGGUGGAUUCGGCGGAUCACGAGGAGGUGGAUUCGGUGGUGGAAAAGGUGGUGCUAAUGGAGGUGGUUUUGGCGGAGGCAACGGAGGCGGAAAUGGAGGAGGCCUUGGCGGUGGAAAUGGAGGAGGUCAUGGAAAUGGUGGAGGAUUCGGCGGAGCUGGUGGCGGAGCUGGCAGUGCAGGAUCCAGCGGAGGAGGUUUUGGCGGUGGAAAGGGAGGCGGAGGAUCAGGCAGUGGAGGAUUCGGUGGAUCUAGUGGCGGAGGAUUUGGCGGAGCUGGCGGCGGAGGCUUCGGCGGUGGCAAAGGAGGUGGAUCAGGCGGAGGCAACGGCGGUGGUUUCGGUGGAUCCUCUGGAGGUGGGUUCGGUGGAUCUUCUGGAGGCGGAUUCGGUGGAUCAUCAGGUGGAGGAUUCGGAGGCGGAAAAGGUGGUGCUGGAGGAUUAGGAGGAGGAUUCGGAGGAGGAAAUGGAGCCGGUGGUGGAGGUGGUGCCGGUGGAGGUGCCGGUGGUGGAGCCGGAGGUGGUAGCGGACAUGGAGGUGGUUCUGCUAAAGGUACUGCAUCAGGAACAGGAGCAUUAUCCGAAUCCAGUGGCACCGCUAACUCCCAAGCCUUCGAAAACGGAGGAUUUAAAGGCACAUCCUCUUCAGCCAGUUCCCACAGUAUCAGCCAAAGCGGCGGAUUUAACGGGAAAUACCCUAGUUUCGGGGGUGGACUAGCAACAUCAAACGCCAACGCUGAAGCAAAGAGUUAAACUAUUUAUACACUUAUUCCCACAACCCUUAUACACUACAUUUUUUUUAUCAAUAAAUAUUUUAUAUGCUGUUAAAUACAAAAACCGACAUUGUUUGAACUAA